AGGUUGCUUUUUAGAACGCAUGAGAACCCCCUUGGCGCGUGUGUCCCACCCAGCCAUCCAGCAGCCCAUCCACCGCGGAUCGCACGAGUCUCUGGACCCCAGCAGGAGGUCGCAGUGCAGGUCUCUGAGUCGUUGCAUGAAGAAGAAGAGCAGAGCUGCGUUCAUGUGCGAGCCGUGCAGCCUGGACUCCGAGUGCGUGUCUCCACCAUGCUACAUGAGCUGGGCGAUGGAGCCUACGAACUUCUACGACAGUAAGCUGACAGGGGGUGGAAAAUGUCCCGAGGAGAGCGUCGGCAUCAUCACCCCCACGAGUAACACUGCUACAUCUACUACUACUAAUAACAGCAGUAGUAGUAGCGCGAGCGUGGUGGAGCUGAGCAACGCGACAGCCAUGUACGACGACGAGAGCGCGAUCGACUUCAGCGCGUACAUCGAAUCCAUGUCGUCUGCGCCCAACUUCGAGCUGUGCAAUGACGAGCUGUUCGCCGACCUCUUCAACAGCGCCGUGAAGCAGGAGAAGCCAGAGUUCUACCACCAGCUCUCCGCGUUCAGCGCCUCCAAGGACCCGAGCAUCGCGAUCAAGCAGGAGACCGAUUGGAGCGACAGCGACACGCCGUCAUCUCUGCCCUCGCAGAUCGAGGCGUGCGCGCAGACGUCGGUGAGCAUCCACACGGGACAGCCGACGCCCCCGAGCACGCCGGAGCCCUCGCUGUCUCCCUCGAGCCCCCCGCGCAGGACACUCAAAGAUAAGAGCAAGAAGUCGACGGACAGGUUCAGUCCGGAGUACCGGCAGCGCCGCGAGCGGAAUAACAUCGCCGUGCGCAAGAGCAGGGACAAGGCGAAGCGGCGCAACAUGGAGAUGCAGCAGAAGCUGCUUGAACUGAGCGCGGAGAACGAGCGCCUGCACAAGACCAUAGAUCAGCUCACGCGCGAGCUCACGAGCCUCAGACACAUCUUUAAACACCGCGAGACCCCCGGCAUCCGGUGAUCACCACUACCACCCAGCAGCAGCAUCGUCAUGCGCAUAUUAUUUUUCUAUUAUUGUUAUUAUUAUUGUUUUUUUGUUUUUUUUUCGAAAAACAUACCUCACAUUAAUGCACGACUCGAAUACUCUGACUGUAGCUACACGUGCAUCCAAAUCAUCAGAACUGAAAACUUUCGGGAAUAUUUUGUGAAUAUUAUAUAUAUAUUUCUUUUUGUAUUCUAAAUUAUUACAGAAAAAAGUCAUAUAUUAUGGUACAUGUUUUAUAAUUCCAAACUUUGUAUUCUGAAGUUUGAACAUUUUAUAUCAAGUCUGUAAAAAGAAAGAACGAAAGAAAGAAAGAAAAGACAACUGGAAUAUUGAUAGAAAUAAAAAUGAAAUAAGAUUAAUAUCAAAAUCAGAGAUGGUCAGUGUGAAUGGAUGGAUGGAUGGGAGGGAGGGAUUGAUGGAGGGAGGGAGGGAUGGAUGGAGGGCGUGUCCAAUUUGACAGUCAUAUCAUUUAAAUAUGUAAAUCCAUAAAUACAACAGUCUAUUUUUUUUACUUUCAUA